CGGAGACAUGAAGUGGAAGUUCUUGUAUCAUAUACUAAUAUUAUAUACAGUGAUUACUUUUGGUUAUUGUUGUAAUAAGUACAACUGGAACCCUUUCUUAACGAAAACAUCACCACAUCUGGCAAUUCUAAUUUUAGCUCGGGGAGGUUCCAAAGGUGUUCAUUUAAAAAAUAUUGCCAAAGUUAAUAAUAUACCAUUAAUAAGAAUAUCAUUGGACAGUAUCAAAAACGUAAAUUUCGUUCAUUCAGUCUGGGUAUCAACCGAUCACAUAAAUAUUUUUCAAGAAGCCGAGGAAGUUUGAAGAUUCGGUCAAAUUGAGUCACAUCACAUGUACUCCAGAAGGAAAGGGGAUAUGGAAGAUGCAGCUCAAUAAGGGCAUAAUCGGGGGAUGGAUAAGGUCAGUUCUUUGGAAACUUUAGUUUUAGAAACGUUGAGACAGAGAAUAUUAGAGUCGCACCAUGAUUUGAGGGUGAUUAGGUCACUCGAUAUGGUCCUAGAAGUGCCAUGAGAAACUAUAAAUUAGGUAUUACAAGUUGAAAAAGUUUACAAUUACAUCACUACUUUCGUCAUUUAAAAUCUACCAUCAGGAUUGUUGUAUAAAGUAAAUUUGCGAAAUAAUAAAUUUGUUUAAGAAAUGUAAUUUUAAGCUUGUAGGUAAACCAGGUUACUUUACAACGUUCCUUUUCUAGAAAACGUAAAUAUUCACUGGAGAUCCGCAUAUACUGCGACGGAUACAGCUACAUCGCUAGUU